UCCACAUACCAUCAACUCAAUAUUGCCGUAUGCUUGUUCAGCAAGCUGCUGCGGCUAACGUUAGCUAUCUUUAAAUGGGAAGUAACGUUAGGUUACCUUUAAAACGUUGCGGACACACGAUGUGACAACCUUCGGUUUUAAGGAUUAUUUGAGAGGCUGCAGUCAUGGGCCCAGACACUGCAUCGGCCCCUAAAACAGAAUCUUCAGAGGAAAGUCCAGGAGAAGUCGUCAUGAAGGUGAUCUCAGAAUCAAAUUCCAAUGAUGCUUCAACCGCUACUGAGCCCGAGAACUCCAAACAACCAGAGAGCAACAUAUCAGACAAGUGUUACACUUGCUCCAUCUGUGGAAAGGUAUUUGACAGACCAUCGAAGCUAGAGAGGCACAAACCUGUACACGCGAAGAAACCUAAAACUCUUCAUCAGUGUCAGCACUGUGAUAAGAGUUUCACACAAGAAGAGAAGCUGAUCCGACACCAGAAUUGCCACAGUAGGACUAACAAGCACCCCUGUCCAGACUGCGGAAAGGUUUUCAACAGGCCUUCAAAGUUAGAGAGACACAAGCACACGCACUCAAAGAAACCGAAGGUGCCUCACCAGUGUUCAUACUGCAUGAAGACUUUCAGUAAGCUUAACAAACUUGUCCGUCACAAGCGAAUUCACACUGGGGAGAAGCCUUUUACCUGCUCGGUCUGCGGAAAGGGAUUCUCCGAGUCGGGUCACUGCAAAGCGCAUGAAAAGACGCACGAAGAGCAGCCGGAAAAACCCCACUGCUGUGCCGACUGUGGGAUGUGCUUCUUCAAGGCCUCAGAGCUCCGUCGCCACUUCCGCUCCCACACAGGAGAGAAACCUUUUAGAUGCACCCUGUGUGAGAGCUGCUUCUCCCGCUCUGAGGGACUUAAAAGACACAUGAGGAGCCACACCGGGGAAAGACCAUACAAAUGCAUUAUCUGCGGAAAGGGCUUUUAUUCUCGUCAGGAUUUGAAUAUUCAUGGUUUGAUCCACUCAGGAGAGAAACCACAUCUUUGCCCCGUGUGUGGCAAAGGCUUCUCACAGCUGGGCAACAUGAAAGAACAUGAACAAAAUGUUCAUAUUAAGUCCGAGACAUAUAUUUGCAAUGAAUGUGGGGCAACCUUUACGCGGUACAAGUCACUGACAAAACAUCAGCGGACGCACACAGGAGAAAGACCCUAUCUGUGCCUCACCUGUGGUCGCAGGUUUUCAUGGAGCCAUUCUCUUAGCCGACACCGGAGGACACACGCGCACAGACAGAUGUCUGUGGAUGCAUCCAAAGACAUAUCAAGUUUUGAAGGACCCUCUGAGAAUCCUAGCAGUUGAGAAUUGAAAUCCUUAUAGAAAGGACAUUUCAUGUUCAAAUAAUUUUCAAACAAUUUUCAUUGAGAAAAAUGUUUAAGCUUUGUGACAGUUCACCUUGCUGCUUGCUUUGUUAUUUUUCCACAAAAGAUCAGUUAGCAAUUCAUUGUACAUGGCUCCAGUUUGCCUAUUUGUUCUCACAAAUUUUAUAUUGAUCAAAGCCAAAAGGUACAUUCAAAGGCAUUGGUGUUUAUUGAAUUAUGUUGGCUAUUUGUACUCUUGUGUGUUCCCUUUAUGACAAAUUUGGACUUAACUUUAGAUAGUGUGGAAUAAUAUCUCAUAUCAUGGCAUUAAUUCCCAUUUUUUAUUAACCAAAAGAUAUGUCACAACCAAAGAAGAAUUAACCUUGCCAGAAGGCAGGCAACUCUUAAUUUGACAUGCAACCAAACUGAUACUAGAUCAAAUAUUGACCAAAUCUCUGCCACCAUAAAUGGAGAUGCCACACUGUAGUCUUUACUAAAUCUGAGUAAAUGUCUGCCUUCCAAAAGUGAUUCACUUAAUCUGAUGUAUUCUGCUACCUCACUGUAACAGUACCACAGAAGCAACACAAACAUUAACCAGCACAGGAUUUGUGCAUGAUUCGGUCCAAACCAGUAGCUCAGAGGUUUUCUUACUGCAGCCAAUAGAAGGAAAUUUUUCUGAAUUUUGUUAGCCAGUUGCCCACCAUAAACACAUUUGUUUUAGUUAUUUUAUACCAAAUCCUUUUUUAUAAUGAAACCCAUAACAGAAUGGUUAAUGGUGUUCUGACUCAGAGCAGAAAAGUGCUGUUACGUUAUUCUCUAUGCAGGUAUAUUCUUUCUCACCACCACUGAUUGCAGUGUGGCCACAGAAAUGCAAGCUUAAUGUGGAUUGAAGGCAGUGUGCAGCAGCAGUUUCCCUUUGUUAUGAGCUGUGUAAAUUGAAAUGAAUGUAAGUAUAAUAUAUUUGUUUUUUUCAGUUUUAGUUUUAUAUUGAUGCAUAGCAUAUACUGUAUAUUGUGUAGUUACAUAAUCCAUUGAUUUUUCUUAGUGGUACUAUUUACAUACAUGGUAGCUUACUGUCUAUAAACAGCUGCAUUACAUAGUGCUGUAGUUCACCACAUAGUAACAACCCAAUGGGCCCCUUACAUUCAUAAAUACAUAUUCAAGUAAUGUGCUCAAAUAUUUAUAAGUUGUGCCAAUAAUGAUGUGAACUGAACCUUGAACUACAUAAGUUAUUUUAUAGAAAAUACAGCUGCCAAUAAAGUGUCUUCAUAAUAUGGCUAUUGCAAUUAGAGCAUUUUUUAAAUUAUGUGUGAUGUCUUUUUCCAAAGUACUUGCUACUCCCUCCCCCCGCGUUCAUGGGGAGGGUCUGCCACCCGAAACCAAGUUGAUUUGGAGUUGGUAGGUCACAUGACAUGGAAGCUAUUGAAAUAAAUGAUGAUUUUACCAUAA